CUUGCCAUGUCCUCGACCUCACAACCGAACACGACAUUGUAUAUCAAUAAUCUUAAUGACAAGGUCAAGAAAGAGGAGUUGCGCUUACAGCUGUAUGCGCUUUUCACCACCUAUGGCAAAGUCAUCGACAUCAUCGCAUCCAAAGGACCUAAAAUGAAGGGGCAGGCAUUUCUCGUAUUCACAGAUCUUGCUUCAGCAACGACAGCAAUGAGGGCUUGCGAAGGUAUGAUGUUCUACGAUAAGCCAAUGCGCGUCAGUUACGCCAAAACAAAGUCCUACGCAACUUCGCGUAGGGAGGAUCCUGACUUUGUACCUCCAACCUCUGUGCAUGCACGUCCAGAAGUUUCCACGAUCGGAAAAGUCACUGUUUCUUCCCUCGACAAACGCCUGCGAACGGAUGAUUCUACGCCCGACGAACCCCAAUCCAAGAGGGAGAAAUCGGAAGACGACAGUGAAGGGGAGGAGAUGGAAAUAGACGAAGACGAAGAUAAGGAACAACGGAGUCGGGCGCCAGUUGCCAUGCCCGCGCCUAUCCAACAGCCAUCUCCACGCUUAUUGUGCACCAACUUACCACAAGAAGUCACUGACGACGUGCUUUCAGUCCUCUUUCAGCAGUACCGUGGAUUCCAAUCGACGCAUGUCACACAGGCCCAAACACCAAAUGCUGCUGGCGCGAAGGUCAAGAUGGCGCAAGUAUUUUUCGAGUCUGCUGAGUUGGCUUCGGUGGCAAAAGAGGCCCUGGAUGGCUUCACCUUAAAGAAGGGGUGGCAAAUGAGCGUCGCCUACGUUUGAUCCCAUUCUCCCCCCAGAAAAGCUUGUACUUAUGCACUCAUGGCCACCCGCAUGCCAAAUACAAUGACUUGAGCCGUGUUUCAGGGGCUUCUUAUCGGC